AUAUAUUUUUUUUCAGAGAAAGUAUUAUUAAAAACAGAACUAAGGUUGCGAAAUGCUACAGUUAGUUCUGCUCAUCUCUCUAGUUGGUAGUUUGCAUGGAUAUGAUCACAUUAAUACUCCAUAUUUCAAGGUUGUGUUGACGAACAGUUAUGAGGAUGGGUUGAAGGGAGUUCAUCUGAAGAAUAAACUGCAGCAAGAUCAGGCUAUGCAGGAUUUUGUGAACGGAAGGUUGGCUGCGGGUGAGAUGGGCACAGGGGUACAGUUGGAUAAUAUUAAACCUAAGGAAAAAGAAAAGAAGGAGAAAAUGUACCAAGCUCACGGUUUUGAUGAAUAUAUCAGUGAAUACAUGAUCUCCUUGAACAGGAGUUUACCAGACAGAAGAGAUAAUUAUUGUAAGAAAAGUGAAAAUAUUCUCUUCAAAGUUUCAGAUUUACCCAAAACCUCAGUUAUUGUUAUUUUCCAUAAUGAAGCAUGGUCUACUCUGAUUAGAACUGUGUACUCUGUAUUAAACCGUUCUCCUGCAGAACUAAUAGAAGAAAUUAUUCUUGUUGAUGAUGCCAGUACACUUCCACACCUUGGAGAUAAACUAACCAAGGCUGUAGAGAAGAUGGAUAAGGUUCGUCUGCUCCGGAUGGAUCAACGAAGUGGGCUCAUGAGAACAAGAAUGGCCGGAGUAAAAGCCGCCAAGGCAGAUGUUCUCACUUUUCUUGAUUCUCACAUAGAGGCUACUGAGGGUUGGUUGCAACCACUUCUGGAGAGAAUUCGUCUCAAUCCUAAAGCUGUACCUUGUCCCGUCAUCGAGGAGAUUAACGACAAAACUUUUCAGUAUAAGUUUGUAACACGUGACCUGGAGGGGGUUUUCUACUGGAGUUUGGACUUUGGGUGGAGAGAAGUAAUUCGUCCUGAUUGGUCUCCGUACACUACACCAGCUAUGGCAGGGGGACUCUUCGCUAUCAGGAAGGAUUGGUUCAAGGAGCUAGGAUACUAUGAUGACGGUAUGGAGAUCUGGGGAGGUGAACAGCUAGAACUAUCCUUCAAGGUCUGGAUGUGUGGUGGAGAAAUAGAGAUAGUUCCUUGCUCUAGGGUUGGGCAUAUAUUCAGAUCCUUUAGUCCGUACAAGUGGAGAACUGAUCUAAAGAUUCCUGAGUACAAUUACAAGCGUGUAGCUGACGUCUGGAUGGAUGAAUAUAAAGCCUUGUAUUUUGACAGGGUUGGAAACACUCUGUCCUCACUAGAGGAGAAUCUAGGAUACUACGGAGAAAUAGAGUCAAGGAGAAAACUACGAGAAUCCCUCAACUGUAAAUCCUUUCAGUGGUUUCUAAAGAGCCAUGUUCCCCAUUUAGGAUCCCACUAUAUCAUUGGAUCUGGAGAGAUUAGAAACUUUCAUCAUCAGUUCUGUCUGGAUCAACAGGAUACUGAGAACAAUGUUGGUUUCCCCGUUCUUGUCUUUGAUUGCACCAACAAGAAAGGAAACCAGUAUUGGUAUUAUACCUCCGAGGGGAAAAUAACCAGGGAUUUUCUCUGCUUCGGAAAGAAAUCUCCUGACUCGGAGAACGAGAGUCAUCUUGAGCUAGUAAACUGUGACGGAGCUGAUCUGUGGAAUUAUGAGCCAAGGACGGGUGCACUACAACAUCUUGAUUCCGGGAACUGUUUAAAGGUGACCAGAACUCCUCUCCUUCUCUGGUUGGUUCCUUGUAAUAGCAUGGACACGGAGCAGAAGUGGUAUUUUACCAACUACGAUGAGGAGGGAAUACCUAAGGUUUCUGAUGAUGACGAAUAUGAAGAUGAUGAUGAUAUUGAUAACAAUGAUGAUAAUAUGGAGAGCAAUGAUGAAGUGGAGAAAGACCACGAUGAACUCUAAAAACGAGAGCUUAGCCGUUUUUUAAACUAAAUUUGAAAAUUUUCACGAGUUUUCACAUAAAGCUAUCAAUAUGAGAGUUAUGCCUGCAGUUUCUCCUCUCUCCUCUCUGGACAUCAAAUAUGAAUCCGUCCCGGUCAAAAGAUAAUUUUUUGUUACGUCUUCCAGUUUAUGUAAAUAAGUACUGUACAUUCCACUAAUACACUGGGCAUUUAAAAAUCAAAAAUGAACAGGGGUUUUUGAAUUAUUUUAGUUGAAUUUUGACAUGGAAGAAUCAGCCAAUUUUACUCUUAAAACUUUCGAGUUGAUUAUUAUUUUUAUUACUUUCUUUUUUAUGCUGUGCAAGUUUUUAUUCAGGGCGCUUUUUUUAAGAACGAACCAACGAUUUUAAGUAUUUCAAUAUAAUUUACUUGAAUUUUUAUUUUGAAAUGUUAAACAAACUUAUUUAGUAUUUCUACACGUUACAGGUGUUCUUUCCUACUGUUGUGAAUGCCAUAUAUGUAAAUCAAGUUAUUUAUUCUCCCCUUGUUCAUUGUAAAUGUAAUUGAAGUUUUUGUAUUUUUGAUAAUCUAAUGACGAAAAUGUGUUUCACCGUUUGGACCGAUUGCUCGAAUAAUAUAAUGCAAUUUAAUAUUUUGCAUAAUUUAUUCAAGCCAUACACCUGUGUUUGUUUGUUUUUCAAGUCUGUGGCUUGGCCAGGCCUGGCUCUAAAUAUAGAUACAGUAAUUGACAUUUGAGUUGGCAGGUCUCUUCUAUACAACUGAAUGUUCACUGUACAGGAUUGGGUUGUCAGAAUAUAUUUUAAACAAACGUGAUUAUCUACGUUUUUUUGUAUAGAAGAACAUUAUGUAGUUAAAAAGCUAAAUAUUUUUUACCUUUUUUGUGCAAUGCAAGCGUGCAGAAAACCCUGAGUUUAUUUCAGAAGCUAUUAAUAACAACUUUACUUUGCUGCCAAGGACAUCGUCCGCCUGUAAACACAAGGGCGUCAAGAGACCAUUGUGUCACGUCAACGAUCAAUUCAAAUGUCGGUUACUAUAUAUCCGUUAACUAUGUGCCUUACCGUGUUCUUAUCUCGACUAAUGUGAUAUUUUGAUAAAUAUUAUUAUUAAAGUAAUGAUAUUCAUGUAUUUUCUUAAUGUAAUUAAUGUAUUUAUUUAGAUUUUUGCAUUAGGUUUGAUUGUUUAACUUUACACUGUUUGUUUUCAGA